AUGGCUUUCUUCUCCCUUAGUAUGGUGCUCUCCCUGGCAGCACUCACUGCCGCGGAGACCUCCUUCUCUACCUCGCAUGCACAGCUCGAGGCCAAGAUGAUUCUGUACACCAACAGCUCCUGGCAUUUGGGAGGCUUUUGCCUUGACCAAGCCGGGGAGGGGACCACCAAAGCAGCUGAGAUCCAUGCCCGCGUGGAGUGGGAGGGCACCAAGAGCCUCGGAGAGACCGGGCCCGUGAUGUUGGUGGCCUUUGAUGCACGGGAGGAGCGCUGGGGCGCAGUGAAGGACUCCUGGGGUCAGAUGCCUUGCGAGGAGAAGCUGCAGGCGGCUACCAUGUCACGUCAGCUUGGUGGGGCCCAUUCUUACGAUGACUUCUUCUUCCGCAUCAACGUGCACCAGAGCUCAGCUAUGAGGGACUGGCACUUCGCAGUGCUCACCUGCGGUGCUACGGAGCGUGCCCAGUUCUCCUUGACGCUUCAGGCAACACAUGGUGCUCUGAGCAUCUUCGGGGCUAACACCCACUUCCAGACCAGUAGCUGCCCCGCUGUGCAGAGCAUGAAUUGGCUGGAGGCCGCCCAUGAUGAGGUUGGCUUCUGGCUGCUGCUGGUCGUUGUGCUACUGUUUGGAUGCUCCUCAGUGCUUGCCAUCGUUGCCUGCCGCCAUUUCCGUAAGAAGGCGCAGAUGCAGCGCUUUGAGAACACCGCUGUUGCCGGUGGAGCCGAACCUGUCAUCGGCAGGCCUUGCAGUCAACUCGGUGAGGCAAAGGUGGUGGAUGGCCAGAUCACCAGGGAAGUGGCGACGGCAGGCAAUGGCGCCUCUGCGCCCGACAGCUGCGUGUAG